GAUGAUGAUGAUGAUGAUGAUGAUGAUGAUGAUGAUGAUGAUCAUAUGGAUGUUCGGUAGAGCAACGCAAGUGUUCUGUAUUGCAACUCAUUUGUUCGGUAAAGCAACGUGACGCGGCCUAUGUUCGUUUUUGCAACCAUUUUGUUCGUUAUCGCAACUUGUUGUUCGUUAUUGCAACCCCGGGAGCGCAUGUUAAGCUUUAUAAACUUUUUGUUUUUUAAAACACUUACUUGAUCGUAAGCCGGUACAGAAAAUUGUCUGACCGCCAUCGAAAAUAUUUGUAUUGUUUUUACAGCAAAUAAGUAAUGUCAAUCAUAUAUAUUUAAAACUAGAACUAAAAUCGCUUUUAGGUGAAAUGUAUGAAAACAAGGAUUAAAGUUUAUCAUAAGCUAUUUUUUUCUUUACUAUAUAUAUUUAUAUAUAUAUAUACUUUUUUUUUUCAAGACAAGUUGCACUCCUAAAAUGUCGUGUGUUCUUUGCAACAAAUUUUUUGUUGUAGAUGGAUGUAAUUUUUGCAACCAAUGUUUAAGUAGUACUAGUGAUAUUGAAGAUUUAGAUAUAUUUGUCACAAAAGCAUUGAAUCUGUUUACAAAAAGUAGCAUGAUGGAAAUUGCAUCUUCUCAGUUGCUUAAAUCAAUUUAUUCUGGUCAAUUAUACAGUUACAGACAUAACUGGUUUAAAGCGGGUGGAGAAGAUAAAAGAUGUCUUCGUAAUGCAGAUCUUCUUAGCCUAUUAUCAGAGGAUCAAUCAAAUGAGCUUUUUAAAGCUCUUGUUUUAGCAUUUAAUAGUUUAAAAGAUAGCGACUAUGUAUUUAAGGUGCUAGUCCCAGAAUCAAUAGUAUUUUUAUUUGCCAAAUUUAGUAAUGUUUCGAGAAUAAAGGCUGAAGUAGCUCUGAAUGCCUACAUUUCUGAAAAAAAUAAUAAACUGUUCUGUAGCUCUCUAAAAUCAACUAGUGAGAUCGAUAUAGAUUUCUCAAUUUUUGUUUCGGAAAGUCAAUCAAAAAAUAAAAUUAUUGAAGAGAUUGGAAAAUCAAAAAACUUACCAUCUAUAAAUGCUGAGUUUUUAAAUAAAGAAUGGACCAAAAUCACUGCUUACUCUCCUGAUUAUUUAUCAAAUACAAUUAUUGAAGAUAAUGGUAACUCAAAAAACUUACCAUCUAUAAAUGCUGAGUUUUUAAAUAAAGAAUGGACCAAAAUCACUGCUGACUCUCCUGAUUAUUUAUCAAAUACAAUUAUUGAAGAUAAUGGUAACUCAAAAAACUUACCAUCUAUAAAUGCUGAGUUUUUAAAUAAAGAAUGGACCAAAAUCACUGCUGACUCUCCUGAUUAUUUAUCAAAUACAAUUAUUGAAGAUAAUGGCAACUCAAAAAACUUACAAUCUAUAGAUGCUAAGUUUUUAGAUAAAGAAUGGACCAAAAUCACUGCUGACUCUCCUGAAUGCUCAUCAAAUAUAUAGAUGAAAUUUUGGUGGUUGUUUCUUUGAUUGUAAAUUUUUGACAUAAUUUUCGAAUUCUAAAAAAUAUAAUUUAUGGUUUAAGUCAACGUAAUAAAAUGAGAUGGCUGAGUGUUGGGCCGGAAUAUCGAUUUCGGCUAAGUCUUUUCUAAUAAACCGGCUAACUAAUGAAUAGAAUAUACAUUAGUUAGCUGGCUAGAUACGAUUAGAUACUAGCUGACUAGUGAAUAUAAUAUUCUUUAGGUAGGUAAUAGUUUUUAUAUUCCUUAAUAUUUAAAUUUUAUUUUUGUUAAUAUUUUUAUUAAAAUUCGUUCUUUUAAUUUUUACAAUGAUGUUUUUAUUAAGAAUAUUAAGCAUUUAAUUAUAUUAAGUAUUUAAUAAUGUGUUCUUUUUUUUAUGUAAUAAAAUUAUUUCAAAAAUCAUGUGCGAGUGGUUAUAAUGUGCAUCUUAUAAUUUCCUUAUUGGUUUAAAGAAAGUGAGAACAGCGAAGAUUGAAUUAAGAAGAGCUAGACAUGCUGCUAAGUCAAAGAACGAUUUUGUUUCUUGAAAAAAUGUUACUCCACGUUUUCAAUUUUGAAAUAAAUUUUUAUUAAAAUAAA